AUGUCCACCGCGAUAUGGCCGCCCAUCGACGAGGACCGUCUCGCCCAGGAACAGGCCGCAUCGCAAGCGCGCGAGCUCGAGUGGCUGCUUGUCCAGCUGCGCGAGACGCUGCAGUCGCUCAAAGCCGGCCUCGACGAGUGUGCCGCCCUGCUUGCGCCCUCUGAAAAUGGGUCUACGCUGGUGUUGACCUCUGUGCGCUCAGAGAGCCUCAAGGGCCUCAUUACGCGCAUCGGCACGCGCAUCACCAAAGGCAACAUCAAGCUCCGCCUCGCAAGCCUCCCACCGCCAAAGGGCUCAUUGACCUGGGACCUCGUCAUCUCCUCUGCACCGCAUGCACCUACACUCGUUGUUCCCCAGCUUACUGCUGUACGAACCUCCAUCAACAGUUGUCUAGACGCCAUCGAUGUCGCUACCUGGGGAGGAGACGCGACCAACGCCCAAUUCGUCUCGGGCCAACUCCAACUACUACACGACCACAUAAUUGAGGCACAAGCUGCUCUCAAAGGCCAUUCGCUUGUCCAGCCCUCGUGGUGGGACAAUCCCGUUGACGAAAACACAUUUGAUCCUCCACUGCCUGCAAAUGUAUCCUUCCACCUGUUUGUCUUUGACGCUGCCCUCGUCCUCGAAAUCCGCACCCUGGAGCCCCAUCAUGCGGGGGAUAGCGGCUCACUCACUGGGUUCAGCAUCCGCAACACCUUUGCAUCAGCCCUCGGCGGCACCCGAGCCCCUACACACGACGAAGCCGACCGUACCUUCACAUACAAGAACCGCGAAGUCCGUGUCAAGGAGAAGAUCCGUGUUGAAAGCCAAGAUCCAGCCUUGAUAUCCGCCUCAGCAAAGCUCAACGCACUUGGGCACACAGUCAUGCUCAGCCGGAAGGCUCUCAACAUUGUAAUGGGUCGAGACGAGCAAAUGGACUAA